AACUCUGGCCACCAUGUCGGGCAUCCGGAUGUAUGUGUCGCGUGGGCGGAUCGGAGCUGCUGUUGCUCUGUGGUCGCGGCAAGCCAUGCGUGAGGGGCUGACCCCCGCAGCAGCCCGCAACACUCGCCAUGUCAAGAAGUGGCGCAAGCGGCAGGACGACCUCAAGGAGACUCGCCGGCGUAUCCAUUUCAAGCCCAUCAAGAAGCGUAUCGCCGAGAUCAUGGAGAUGAAGCGCCAAGGCAUGUGAGGCAAUGAAGCACACACGCGCACA